AUGAUCCUCGCGUUGGACUCCGCGCCUCGGAGCGGCUUCAUCAGACUCAUGCCGGAGAGCUGGAAGGUCAUUAACGAGGAGUUGAAGGCUACGGUCAUGGAAGGGUACAAUAUAUUAGGCGACGGUACACCUGCCUGUCUGUUUCCGUUGCUUACUGGAAAGACAGAACUAGAACUACCGGAUGUGCGGAGACAUAAAGAUAACAAUAGGACGUUCGAUGACUUCCCUUUCAUAUUCAAGCAUUUAAAGGAAGAAGGGUAUGCCACAGCAUUUAUCGAGGACAUGCCCUUCUACAGCACAUUCACAUACCGUUUCAACGGCUUCAUGAAACAACCAACCGAUCAUUAUUAUCGCGCGUUCCGAAACGCGAAUAUGCGUCUAUUUAAAGAUUGGAACUUUUGCUACGGAGAUACACCGCAGUUUAGGAUGAUAAUGAAUUUGACGGAGCAGUUUCUGGAGCUGAAAGGGAGGCGAUUCAUCUUCACAUUUAUCGCCGACAUUUCUCACGAAGAUUUAAACUACAUACAGUACGCUGACGGGGACUUAGCGGCUUUUUUAAGGCGUAUGAGCAAACGGACCGAGGAUACCCUUAUUAUAGUCAUGGGAGACCAUGGGCCCAGAUACGCAGCAGUCCGUAAGAAGCAUUCCCUCCGCGGCAAACUGGACGAGCGCCUCCCCCUACUCGCUAUCCGCCUGCCAGACCGCCUCACGCGCGCACGCCCUGACGCGUUAAGCGCGCUUCAAGCUAACUCGCGUGUAUUGACCACUGCGCAUGAUUUACACGCGACUAUAUUGGAUGCGUUGCGUUUGAAGAAGCACUGGAACCCGUAUAAAGUGGAGGGAGCAGAUUUGAAGAGGGGAUUGACUUGGCUGGAGCCGAUCCCCAACACCCGCUCUUGCAGCGAAGCCGGCAUCGAGACGCACUGGUGCACCUGUCUGGUGUGGCAGAAUGUGUCCGUCUCUGACCCUAUGUACAACAGGACUGCUAAUGCGCUGAUAGAGUACAUCAACAAGUUUACAAAGGAUGCUGGAUCUAAAUGCAUCUCUCGCACUCUAGCGUCUACAAGUUGGGUGCUCCAACAGCGAGUCAACAACAGACUUCUCGAUUUCAAUGACGCUUUAGAUUACGACGCGUACUUGGGAUGGUUCGACGACACCGAAACACAAGUCACUAUGGAGAACUUCCAGAUUGGAAUAGAGUCAAAUCCAGGAGGCGCGGUGUACGAAGCAUCCCUGACCUACUACGUAAAAGAGGACAAAUUCGUAGUACAGUCCAGGGAUAUCUCAAGGGUGAACGCGUGAGUAGAAAUCAUUUCUCAAAAAGAUCGGGUCAUCCACGAUGAUGCGAAGACUUGUCAAAUCGAACAUUUAAUUUUUUGACAUAACUGUAUAAUUUAUUUCUGCAUAUUUGCCAUUGUUUUUGUUUUUUGUAUACUUCUGUACUCUGGUCUCGGAGGGGAACGCUCAAAAUCAAACACCUCUUUUAAUUAUAAACGGAAGUAUGUUUAUUUCGGCUGAACUAUCAACCACACAAAUCGUCUCAGGAACACAAAACAAAAUUAAUAUCUUAUAAAAUUCACGAUAGACAACCGUUCGCUAGUUUAGAAAUAAAAAGCUACAUCUACCGGGAAAUUGAGUAAACAUAUCUACUUAGGCGUUUUAUACAUUUCUUAUUAAUCUUUUUUAUAACUUUUCUAUAAAUUCUGGCUUGACGAUCCUUUUCAGGAGAAAAUUUCCAUUUUAUAAUUAUUGCCAUGAGCUAUCUGGAUUAUGAUUUUAUAUUUAGUCAUUGUUAGAAUUUAUUUUUGACGAUCACAAUAUAGAUUCAUAUAAUUUGGCUUUAAUGUAAUUUGUAAUGCAAUCGUAUGUUGUGUAAUAAAUAAAUCCGUAUCUGAAUCGAAUAACAUGACAUGACAUUAUAAAUUAUAACUUAUUAACGUAUUUUGUUUCAGUUACCGGGGCGAAUCAGACUGCAUUAUUGACUCUCAUCCACAUCUCGCCCCGUUCUGCUACUGCAAAAACUGACGAAAAGACUGAAGCAAGACUCGGAACCGGUAUUGAAAUACCUGUUCAUAUCGAUCCAUAACUGAUUACUGAUUAGCAAUUAAGAUCGUUGACAUAUAAUAUAUUUUCAUUAUAUUUUUCAUUUAAAUUAUUUUACAGAUAAAGUUAUUUAUAACUUAGUGUUUUUGUAAAUAUGUUUGUUUUUUUAAUUCUUUUUGACAUUUCGACAAUACCUAGGUUGUCCCUAGCUAUGUAUACAUUGACAUUUUCUUUUUUGUCGUGACAUUUCUUUAUUUAUUAAUUUUAUAUUUUUUGUUUUAAUGUUAAGUUGACGAUCUUUUAGUGAAAGCCUUUGUUUUAUCCUUUUGUGUAAAAUACUGUGUCUUUUUCUUUAAGAAAUAAAUAAAUCCAAUCUAAUCUGAUGAUGGAGUGCGAGAGAGUAUUACGGCCCGAUUCGAAGAAUGAUUAAGACACGUUUAAGAUCUUGGAAAGAUCUUUGAAAGAUCGAUAACUAAACGACAUGUCACAAUUGAGGUUUAUUUCAAUUCCGCUGUGAUCCCAGUAAAGUGACAUUGGUUGCCCGAAUCGAGCUGCUUCUGUCAAUUAUACGACAUACAAACGAUAUCUAAAAGAGAACUUAUCGUUAUCGUAUCGUCAUUCUUCGAAUAGGGCCGUCAGAAAGAGAUGCCGGAAAGUGCUAUAUCAUAAUUGUGUCUUACAAUUAUUAAAUAUGUUCUGAUUUUUGCCACUUUGGCAAUAGCUUUAAAGCACAAAUUGUUAUUUAAAAUUAUAAAAAUAAAUAAAUAACCGUUAUGUUAUUUCGUUCAUUCAAAAAUCGGUUAAUUCAUUGAACGCUCUACCGACAUACCGGUUAUACCUAUUUAUAAUUUUCUUCUAAAUUUCAUUGUUAUCAAUUUUAAAUUUAAAAUGCAUUGAUGCACAAAAAUCAUUAUUACCAAGGUCUGAACUAAAUGAUUUUUAUUUUAUUUUUAUUAUGCGGACUUGUACUAAUGUAAAAAAAAAACCGAGUUUGGAUUACAUAAUUGGGCAUUUUUUAUUGAAAGUUAGAACUUUUACUUUAAAGGUAGACCUUUUACUUGCAUUUUAUAGUUUGGAAGUUUUAUAUGAUACCCACUCAGAAUCACCAGCCUAAGAUGAGAAAAACUAUUCCCAAAAUAAAUAAAUCUAUUGGUCCGUUUGUUACGAUCAUAGAGAGUAUUGAAAAAGUAACCAAUUGGACAAAAUAAAUUAAGGACAUUUUUUAUCUGGGAUCAUACAACAAAUAUAACAACAUAAUACAUUACAACAAAAUAAAUUAGUCAAACGAUUAGUAAAAACGAGUCGUUGUUCAAAUUUAGACUCAAAAAAAUUGAGUUCCUACUAACGGCCCGAUUCGACGACACGUUUAAGAUCUUGGAAAGAUCUAUAACCAAACGACAUGUCAAAAUUUACGUUUAUGUCGAUUCCGCUGUGAUCCCAAUAAGAUCUAGGUAUCUACGAUAUUUCUAACGUCCAAGUGACAUUGGUUGCCCGAAUCGAGCUGCUUCUGUCAAUUAAACGCCAUAGAAACGAUAUCUAAAUGAGAACUUAUCUAACCCAGUAGAGCUAAGAUGUUCGGUUCUUUAUCAUUUGUCACCAUGCCUGUCACGUUCUAACAAGUGUACAAGCGCGAAAGUGACGGGCAUAGUGUCAAGUGAUAAAAUUGGAACCAAGCUGCCACCGUAGUAAGUCUAAGAUGGUCGGCUCUUUAUCAUUUGUCACCAUGCCUGUCACGUUCUAACAAGUGUACAAGCGCGAAAGUGACGGGCAUAGUGUCAAGUGAUAAAAUUGGAACCAAGCUGCCACCGUAGUAAGUCUAAGAUGGUCGGCUCUUUAUCAUUUGUCACCAUGCCUGUCACGUUCUAACAAGUAUGUAAGUGCGAAGGUGACGGGCAUAGUGACAGGUGAUAAAAAUGGAACCAUGCUGCCACCCCAGAACAUAUCGUUAUCGUAUCUCAUUCUUAGAAUCGGGCCCCAACACUGUUACAAAUACCCAGGGAUCGGAACCGGUUUUUUGCAAAAACAUCGAAAUAACCAUAUAUUUCGGUUUAUUUUAUACUCAAAAUGUAGGACUCAGUUGUGUUUUUAGAUAACGACUUCGUAUUAUUAGAUUGCCCGAUUAGGAAUGAAAUAGUUAACAAAGAACGAAAAUACCGUUUUCGUUUCCAUACAAAAAAUACCGGUUUCCGAUCCCUGCAAAUACCUACCGACUUAGGUAUUAAUCUCAUGUGUAAUUUAGGGGCAGUAAUGGGCACCGAAAUAUAGACGAGAUACAAAUGAAGUAAUUACAACACGCAGCACGUUGGCUAUACAUCACAUUAUCUCGUGAAUGUAGCGUAUACAGGUGACAUGUCCAAAUGACUCGGGUUGGAAAAAUAUACUCUGACAUUGGGGACCUUUUACAUCUCCAGAUUUAAUGUGUUUUUAACCAUAGAGACUAUACAUCUCUAUUGUAUUGUAGUAAUUAUUUAUUUUAAGAUUAUUAUAAUGUAAUGUUUACCCAGGUA